UUGGCAACGUUCCUUGACCCUUCAUGCUAUCCCUUCCCCCCUAUUAGGGUGUUUAUUAUUGAUCCGUCCACUGGAGACUGGCGUGUCCUAGCCGAAGGCCUUUACUUCGCCAACGGUGUCCAACUUCACAAAGACCAAAAGUAUGUGCUUGUCUCCGAGACCGGCAUGGCACGCGUACUUCGUAUCUCUCUCACCAAUGGCACUGAACGUACAGUCUUCGCGGACAGUCUGCCCGGCUUGCCAGACAAUGUGAACCGAUCGCCUCGGGGCGGUUACUGGGUCUCCCUAGCAAUUCCGCGUUACCAGGGUUCGCCGAGCUUAAUGGAUAUACUGGCGAACUGGCCCGCAGUGCGCAGAUUCUUGUACACGGUAAGGUUUGAAAGUUUAAUCCGAAGUUUGCGAUCAGUUGUUUAUCAUCUCGACGUGCGCCAGCAUUUGCCCCGUCUUCGGUUUCUGCUUCUUCUUAAGGCGUUAACAUUGUUUUCUGAUUUGUACCUUUUUCAAUUCUAA